AUGCACCAUGGGAGUGGUCCGCAAAAUGCACAGCGCCAGCUCCAGAGGUCCCGAUCCUUCACCGGCAGCGAGAGCGAAGAUCAGCAGGCCAACUUGCCACACUCUCCGGCCCCUUCUUUUGCUCCUUCGGCCAGCCCUUCGGCGCCUCAGUCUCCCAGCUACCAAAUCCAGCAGUUUAUCAUGAGCCGGAGCCCAGUAGCAGGGCAAAACGUGAACAUCACCCUGCAGAAUGUGGGACCUGUUUCUACCACCAACCAGCAGAUCACCCUCACCCCGUUGCCAAUCCCGAGCCCGACUUCCCCUAGCUUUCAGUUCAGCCCUCAACAAAGACGGUUCGAGCAUGGCUCCCCCUCCUAUAUCCAGGUCACCUCUCCGUUGCCACCUCAGGUUCAGUCGCAGAGCCCCACACAGCCCAGCCCGGUCUCCGUUCAGACCAUUUCAAGUGUUCGAGCAGGCACCCCAGGGCCCGGCUUGGGCAUGUGCAGCCAGAGCCCCACGCGGGGCUUCGUGGACGCCAGCGUGUUGGUGAGGCAGAUCAGCUUGAGCCCUUCGAACGGCGGACACUUUGUGUAUCAAGAAGGGUCCGGCCUCACUCAGAUAGCUCAAAGCGGCACGGCCCAGGUCCAGCUUUCAUCCUCCGGCGCCUCGGUCACAGCCCGAGAACGCAGGCUCUCCCAGCCCCAUUCUCAGACCGGAGGCACCAUCCAUCAUCUCGGACCUCAGAGCCCUGUGGCUAGCGGAGGAAAUAUCCAAGCGUUACCUAACCCUGGUCACAUCACCACUAACAACCUGCCGCCCCAGAUCAGCAAUAUUAUCCAAGGAAUGCAGCAGCAGCAGCAGCAACAACAAGGACAGCCCUUGAACAGACCUUUGGGAUUUGAUAGGACUUCUGCCGGAUUAAUCGCCGGGGUCGGAGGCCCUGCUUUCGGCAUCACUUCCCCACCGCCUCCCACAAGUCCUUCCCGGGCGAGCAUCCCUCAGGGGCUCACCGGCCUCCCGCUGGGCCCCUCGGUCUGUGCCGUGGUGAAAAAGGCCAAGAAAGUGGAGGAAAUCCCCCCCGCCACUCCCGAAGCCGCGCAGAUGAGGAAGCAGUGUCUGGAGCAUCACCUCAAGCAGAUGGAGGCUUUGAAAGAUGCUUUCAAAGAGUACUUGGUUGAGUUGUUUUUCUUGCAACACCUGCAAGGGAAUAUGAUGGACUUCCUGGCCUUCAGGAAAAAGCACUGCCUGCCGUUGCAAGCCUACCUUCGGCAGAACGACUUGGAUCUGGAGGAGGAGGAAGAAGAAGAACAAUCUGAAGUCAUCAACGAUGAGGUAAAGGUUGUGACAGGCAAGGAUGGGCAGACUGGUACUCCUGUUGCUAUAGCAACCCAGCUUCCUCCAAAUGUGUCUGCUGCUUUUUCAAUUCAGCAGCAACCAUUUCAGCAGGUGCAUGCAGGGACUCCAGUAACUGGAACGGUGAAUGCGAUAGAAAUUGAAGCCUUUAAGAGACAACAAGCACUUACAUCAGCAGAUUCGUCUAAGAGAGCCCGAAUUGACGUGGGCCGUCACGGGAUGGUUUUUCAGCAUCCAGGCGUGGCCUCGGGAGUCCCUCUUCAACAGCUCAUGCCAACUGCACAAGGUGGAAUGCCUCCUACCCCUCAGACUGUGCAGCUGACGGGUCAGAAGCAGAGCCAGCAGCAGUAUGAUCCUUCUAAAGGUCCCCCGGUGCAGAAUGCAGCCAGUCUCCACACCCCACCGCCUCAGCUGCCCGGUAGACUGCAGUCAAGCAACGUGCCCAUCACCUCUCUUCCACCAACGCUGCAGCUGGCGCCCCAAGCAACUCAGAUGAAUGACCCGCCGGUGCAGCAAGCGGCGAUUCACGUGAAGGCUCAGCCCCAAAGCGUUACGGUCACUGCUGCUGCUGCUGUGUCCCAUGGCCAGGUCCAAGCACCAUCCCAGCCACAAGUGCAGCCGACGGCGCAUGGGCCGGGACAGAUGGCCCCCUCCCAGGUGGUGCCCUCUCAAGCUCCAGCCCCACAGCAGAUCACAACCCUGGCUCGUCCCUCCUCCGACUCUAACCAAAACUCCCAGCGUAUUUCAGCAAGUGUGGUUCCUCCUACCUCAAGCAACCCGCCAACUUCUGUUGCCAAUUCUGCGCCACAAACUACGCACUCAGCCCAAGCCAACCGAUCCUCGCCAGGGACAAAUAAAUCAGCCUCUCCCGUUGCCGCCAAACCCCCAGGGCUGGCAGUGGCAGCAGCACCCAAAACUCAGAACACAGCACAAAACACCACAGCAGCCCUGCCCCAGGACAGCGCACACGAGAAGUUGGCUGAGCAAGUGAAGUUGGAAAACCACGUUCACCAACGCAUCGCGGAGCUGAGAAAAGAAGGCUUAUGGUCUCUGAGACGGCUACCAAAACUUCAGGAGGCCCCCAGGCCCAAAUCUCAGUGGGAUUAUCUCCUGGAGGAGAUGCAGUGGAUGGCAACAGAUUUUGCCCAAGAAAGACGAUGGAAGAUGGCCACUGCCAAGAAGAUGGUCAGGACAGUGGCCCGCUACCACGAAGAGAAGCACCUCAACGCAGAGAGGGUUAAGAAGGAAGAGAAGACCAAACUAAGGCGCAUCGCUGCUACAAUUGCCAGAGAAAUAGAAUAUUUCUGGUCGAAUAUCGAACAGGUGGUAGAAAUAAAGCUGCAGAUUGAAUUUCAAGAGAAAAGGAGGAAAGCGUUGAACUUAAAGAGGCGUGCAAAGAAAGGUAAAGAUUCGAGACAUUUAGAGGAUCUCCUUCUGGAAAAAGAAAACAACUUGGGUUCGUGGUCCCGUAGAAGAAAGAGAAAAGCAAGCACGUCCCUCACGGAUGACGAAGUGGAAGAUGAGGAGGAGACAAUAGAAGAGCAGGAGACGAAAGAAGGGAAGGUUAACCACCAACUGGAGCUGUCCACACUGGCGAAGGAAGCUGAGCUGCCUUUGGAUGAUUUGAUGAAGAUGUACGAAGGAGCCUUUGCUGAUAACUUCCACUGGCCAAAGCCGGAAGACGAGAUGAGCGAAGAAGAAAUGGAAGAUCACCUAGCCGAGAGGGAAUUCUUUCCAAAGGAGGUCAUCUCAAUCGACUCCCUACUCAGCAUCGAUCAGUACAAGGGGGCCGAGAGAAUGAUGCCCGGGAAGAACCGCGGGCGAGACAUAGCCGAAGUGGCGGCCACGGCAGAGGUCCUACUGCCGAAAGGCAGCGCCCGGAUCACCACUGCGGUCAAAUACAACACGCCUCCCCUCUUGUACGGCUCCCUCCGAGAGUAUCAGAAGAUUGGCCUGGAUUGGUUGGCCAAGUUGUACAAGAAGAAGCUGAACGGCAUCUUGGCCGACGAAGCCGGCCUCGGGAAGACGGUGCAGGUCAUCGCCUUCUUCGCCCACCUGGCCUGCAACGAAGGGGAUUGGGGUCCUCACCUGGUCGUCGUCCGGAGUUGUCACAUUCUGAAGUGGGAGCUGGAGCUCAAGCGUUGGUGCCCUGGUCUCAAACUCCUGCUCUACAUUGGUACCCAGCGAGAACUAAGAAUGAAAAGACAGGAGUGGACGGAGCCCAACAGUUUUAACGUCUGCAUCACCUCCUACAAGCAGCUCUUCAAGGGCCACCAAGCCUUCAUGAAGAUACGAUGGAAGUACCUCAUUGUGGAUGAGAUGCAGCAGAUCAAGAACAUGACGGAGAAGCACUGGGAAGCCCUCUUCCACCUUCGCAGUCAGUACCGCUUACUCCUGAUCGAUACCCCUCUGCACAACACCUUGAUGGAACUGUGGACCAUGGUGCACUUCCUGAUUCCAGGAAUCUCCAAAGCUUAUCUGGAUUUCCCCGUGAAAGCUGCCAACGAGGAGAACCAAGACUAUUGCCAUAAGCUGGUCAUCAGGCUGCACCGGAUGAUCCAGCCGUUUAUUUUGCGCAGAUCCAAACGGGAUGUCGAAAAACAGCUGACCAAGAAGUACGAACACGUGCUCAAGUGCCGGCUUUCAAACAGGCAGAAAGUGAUGUACGAAGACGUCAUUCUCCAACCCGAGACCCAAGACGCUCUGAAAAGCGGGCAUUUCGUCAGCGUCCUUCACGUCUUGAUGCAGCUGCAGAAGAUCUGCAACCACCCGGAUCUGAUCAACCCCCGGCUGUGUGGCUCCUCUUACGUUUCAGAGGCGUUGCAGUACGCAACGGCCUCGCUGGCCUUCACAGCGGUAGAAAGCAACCUGUGGAAGACGCUUGGGUUUUGCUUAGGACUCCCAAGAGAACUUUAUGGAAAAAUCAUCACAGCACCCAACCGUUCUUUUUUUCCCCCCUCCAGAUUGUUCCAACCUGUUCAUUAUGGGCAAAAACCUGAAGGGAAGAUGGUGACCUUUCCUAGCGCUCAAGUGCAACGGGCCACCAGCGCGGCUACGGUUGCCCAACAGGCCCAAGGGCGAGGGAGAUCUCCCAUGACUACGGUAACUGCCAGCCAAGCCGCCGUUGCCGUCUCCUCUGCUGCAACCGCAGCAGCAGCAGCAGCACAAUUGCAGACGGCCCCGUCUUCCUCCGGUGCUCCUCCACCACCACCACCACCUCCUCCUCUUCCUCUUCCUCCUCCGAGACAUCAGCCAGCAAUGACCUUCGCCACCGCAACUAGCCCAGCCCAUCCAGUGAAACUGCGGGGCCAGGCUACCACCCAAGGCCUCCAGCUAGGGCAGGCCCAGCCACAGGCCCCCCCACCCACCAUCCAACAGAGUGUCCUGCCUCAGAGGCUCGUGUUAACCAGUCAGGCACAGGCUCGGUUACCCAGUGGUGAAGUGGUCAAAAUAGCCCAGCUGGCUUCCAUUGCAGGGGCCCAAGGCCGGAUCGCGCAGCCGGAGACGCCGGUGACGCUGCAGUUCCAGGGGAACAAAUUCACUCUGUCGCACAGUCAACUCCGCCAGCUGACCGCGGGACAGCCUCUGCAGCUGCAAGGCAGUGUCCUGCAAAUCGUUUCGGCUCCGGGUCCCCAGUAUCUCAGGCCCCAGGGCCCUGUGGUGGUUCAGACAGUGCCCCAGCCUGGGAGUGUCCAAAACUCUCUGAACGCACUGGGGAACCAGCAUCCGGUGGGCUUGCAGACCUCGGCAGGAGCUCAGCCAGGAAGAAGCCUGGGGGCCAGUUUGGCGUCGGGAGACUCUGCUUCAUCCCUGAAGUCUGGCAUUCAUGGCGGACACUCCCAGGAGUCGUUUGAGGAGAAAAACCGGCUUCUGAAAGAGCGCUUGGACAGGAUCUUUUCUUGCAACGAGCGGCGUUGCUCCAGGGCACCCGUCUACGGCAAGGACCUCCGUAGGGUUUGCUCCCUGGUGGGCGACUCCAACACGACCCCUCAGUUCUCCACCGUGGCCAGCAAAUGGAGGUGGGCUGGCUUUGUCAACUGCCGUCUCUCCAGAGAUCAUCAAGACCCUCUUCAAGGCUUGACCCGGCAGCUGGAACAGCAGCAGCAGUCCUUGAGGGACACCAUCAGCAGGGCCCUCUGCGUGUUGCCCGCUGCCGUGGCCGCUCCUCCGUCUUUGCACAUGGCGAGGCUUCCCCCCGUUUAUCGCCAUCGGAUGAAACUCCUCCGGCACAACCUGAGGGAGAAGACGCUGCCUUGCCUGAACCAGCUUCAUCAGCUGACCAUGCCCCGGCUGCUUCCGUUUCCUGACCUCCGUCUAAUCCAGUACGAUGCAGGGAAAUUGGAAGCCCUGGCGGUCUUACUGCAGAAGCUGAAGUCGGAAGGGCGAAGGGUGCUGAUCUUGUCCCAGAUGAUGCUCAUGUUGGACAUCUUGGAACGGUUCCUCAACUUCCAUUUCCUCACCUACGUGAGAAUCGACGAAUGUGCAAACCAGGAGGAGCGCCAGGAGCUGAUGAAAACCUUCAACCGAGACAAACGUCUCUUCUGCGCCAUCCUCUCUUCCCACAGCCGCUCCACGGGCGUCAACCUUGUGGAGGCCGACACCGUUGUGUUUUACGACAACGAUUUAAACCCGGUGAUGGAAGCCAAAGCUCAGGAGUGGUGCGAUCGGAUUGGCCGGUGCAAGGACAUCCACAUUUACAGGCUGGUCAGUGGGAACUCGGUGGAAGAGAAACUCUUAAAAAAUGGGACCAAGGAUCUGAUCCGAGAAGUAGCUGCUCAGGGAAACGAGUACUCCAUGGCCUUUCUAACGCAGCAAACAAUUCAGGAACUUUUUGAAGUUCACUCACCGAUGGAGGAUUCGGGCUUCCGGGUGAAAGCCGAAGAAUUCGUCAUGCUGUCGCAAGAGCCGUCUCCAUCCGAAACCAUCUCUCCCAAAGUGGCCAGGCCCUUCAUAGAGGCCCUGAAAAGCACCGAACGAGAGGAAGAGGAGAAGGAAGAGAAGGAAGAGGACGAGGAGGAGUGGAACUCACGCGUUCUGGAUGGGGAGAGCGAAUCGGCCAUGAAGCCUCUGGUUUCAGAACUCGGAAAGGCACAAUAUCUUGAGGAACCGUCUCUGCUGAAGGAGCUGGUGGCUGUGGUUGAUCAGCUCACCCCCAUUGAAAAGUAUGCCUUGAAUUAUCUGGAAUUCUUUCAUGCUUCUGCUGAGGAGAAUGAAUCCAAAGAAAACGAGGUGGAAGUCAGGACAGCAAAACGGAAAUGGGAGACUCGGCAUCUGAAAGGGCUGAAAGAGGAAGAGGAGAAAACAUUUCUGCAAGGGAAGGAGGAAGAACUUUUCACGUACACGCGAGAGGACGCCUACAACAAGGAGUAUUUUUACGAAGGACCAGAUGGACAAACUGAAAUAAUGCCACUUUGGACUCCACCCACCCCACCACAGGAUGACAACGACAUUUACAUUGACUCGGUCAUGUGUCUGAUGUACGAGCCGGUCCCCAUCCCAGAAUCCAAGCUGCCUCCCGUGUACGUCAGGAAAGAGCGCAAAAGGCACAAGACCGACCCUUCCACCGCCGGAAGGAAGAAGAAGCAGCGUCACGGAGAGGUGGUCAUCCCUCCUCGCUCCCUCUUUGACCGCGCCACUCCAGGGAUGCUGAAAGUGCGACGGGAAGGCAAGGAGCAAAAGAAGAACAUCCUGCUCAAACAGCAGACCCCUUUUGCCAAGCCCUUGCCCACCCUGGUCAAGCCGGCAGCCGAAGCCGGCCAGGAUAACCCCGAGUGGCUGAUCAGCGAAGAUUGGGCUCUCCUGCAGGCCGUCAAGCAGCUGCUGGAGCUCCCACUCAACCUGGCCAUCAUGUCCCCCGCCCACACCCCCAACUGGGACCUGGUGAGCGACGUGGUCAACUCCUGCAGCCGGGUUUACCGCUCCCCCAAGCAGUGCCGCAACCGCUACGAAAACAUCGUCAUUCCCCGCGAAGAAGGGAAGCUUAUGUAUGAAGCGAAUCCUAAGAAGAAGACUAAAAGCAUUUAUAAGAACUUUAAUGAAUUAAUCCCUGCAACACCCCUUCAGACAAAGAACAGUCGCCCGCUUCGGACCAACCAGCUGUACGCCCAGGACGAAGGUGCCUCGCACACCCAUCUCUACACAAACCAUUUCGAGAUCAUGAAAUUAAUCGCUGGGAAGAGGAGCCCGCCCAUCAAACCCCUACUUGGCAUGAACCCUUUCCAGAAAAAUCCAAAACACACUUCGGUCCUUGCAGAAAGCGGCAUCAACUAUGAUAAGCCCCUGCCUCCGAUUCAAGUUGCGUCUCUCCGGGCAGAACGCAUCGCAAAGGAAAAGAAGGCUCUGGCAGAACAACAGAGAGCUCAACAACAAAACGCCCCACAGCAACCGCAGGGGCAGCAACAACAGCAGCAACCCCAGCAAUCCGGACAGCAAGCCGCUCAGCCAAUGGCGGGGCAGCAAGGGCAGACUCAGCCCCAGGGGCAAGGCCAAGGCAUCCAGCAGCCCCAGGGGGGGCUGCAGGCAGCCGCGACCACCGUGGCAAACACCGCUGUGUUGGCUGGAACCAUGAAACCCACAGUGACUGGGACCAGCAUACAGACAGCUUUCCUUUCAGCCACCGUGAGCGUCAACACCAUGACUGGGGUCCCCGCGACGACGUUUCAACCCAUCAACAAGCGGUUGGCCUCACCCAUUAUACCCGGGACGCUGGCGGUGAGUGCAGGAACCACCACUGGUCAGGUGACCCAUUCCCAGCAGAGAGGCGCCAGCAGCACGUCGGUCACCUCCGCGGAACUGGUGACGCUCGCGUCUACACCGGGAGUUCGAGCGGUCACUUCGGUGACAGCUUCAGCUGUGGUGACCACUAACCUGACCCCAGUCCAGACCCAGCCGAGGUCUUUGGUCACUCAGGUGACCCCAGCGGCUACAGCCAGCGUGCAGCUCUCCGGAAAGACCAUCCCUCAAAAUCACUUCCAGCUCCUACGCCAGCAGCAGCAGACAGGAGGACAGGUCCAGGUUCCCCAAGGCCAAGGCCAAGCCCCAUCACAACCCCAGAUUAAGACCGUCGGCAAGAUCUCCCAGGAGCAGCUCAUCAAGUUCCAGAAGCAGAAGAUGCAGGCAACACAACAACAAGCCCCCCAGCCCCAAGGAGCCCCCGGGGCCCAGCAGCAGGCAGCCCAGGUUCAGGUGCAGCAGCAACAGACGCAGCAGCUCACGGCAGUGGCGGCCUCCAGGCCAGGCGCCGUCCUUGCUGGCACCACAGUCACCGGCCUCCAGGUGGCCCGGCUGACUCGUGUUGCUGCUUCUCAGCUUCAAGGCCAAGGCCAGAUCCAAGGUCAGACGCCUCAAGCAGCCCAAGUGGCUUUGGCCAAGCCACCCGUGAUGUCCGUUCCGGUGGUGUCCUCGGCAGGGGUUACCGCCCUCCCCGUCACCGUCUCUGGAAUCAGCGUGGCGAUUGGGCAGCCGCAGAAAGCAGCAGGAGGGCAGGCAGUGAUGACUCAGCCGCUCCACGUCCAACAGUUUUUGAAGGUGAAGCAAGCUCAGCACCACCAGGCGGCCCAGCAGAAGGUCAUCCAGCCACAGGUGGCCCAAGGACAGGCAGGCGUUCAGCAGAAGGUUAACGCCCAGCAGGUCACCGUCCAGACCCAACAGCCGGCAUCUCAGCAGCAGAAAGUCUACGCCGCCCAGCCAGCCAUCAAAGCUCAGUUCCUACCAACGUCGAUUUCUCAGCCCCAGAAGUCGGGGGGGACGCAGCAGGUCCAGACCCAAAUACAGGUUGCCAAGAUCCCACAGGUGGUCUCCCAACAAGCAGCGGUGGCUAAUAUCCAGCAGAUGGUUUCGGUUUCCCAACAGGUCCAGGCUCAACCCCAAACGGUCACCUUGUCCCAAACCACAGCGGGACAACACCAAGUGCAGGUCAUCCCGGCCACCACUGCCACGGCUCAGGUCGUCCCCCAGAAACUGAUCCAACAGCAAGUGGUCACCACAGCCUCCCCUCAGAUCCAAGCCUCGGUCGUGCCUGCCCAGGCCCCCGCCCCGUCCGACGGGCAGAGCCAGCAAGCGAAAGUGCAGAUGAGAGCGCCCGUCCGAUUAAAGGCUCCGAACAAACCCAGCUGA